AUUCUACCAACAACCUCGACUCCGCGCCAAAACCCCGAAUUCAAAGCCAAUUCAAUCCUACACAUGGCCCUCGCUUUUCGAUAAAUACUACUCACCAACAGCAGAAUAUACACGCGACCAUCAUGUCGCAAGCAGAUCACUACGAAACAUUGGAGAAGAUUGGUAAGUGUUGUGUUGCACACCGUGCCAUGAAGGACUAGAGCAGGACUAAUAUGGAUGCGCCUGGUAGGACAUGGCUCCUUCGGUAUCAUCAGGAAGGUUCGCAGAAAGGCAGAUGGUCAGAUCCACUGCCGCAAGGAAAUCAGUUAUGUCAAGAUGUCGCAGAAGGAGAAGGAGCAGCUACACGCCGAGUUCCAAAUUCUCUCCUCCCUCCAUCACCCCAAUAUAGUCCGAUAUUAUCAACGAGAACACUUCAAGACGACCCAAGAUUUACACCUGUACAUGGAAUACUGCGGCAAUGGAGACUUGGGACGUGUCAUCAAAGAUUUACAACUCAAAAAGGCAUAUGCUGAGGAAGGGUUCGUGUGGAGCAUGUUCGCUCAAUUGCUUUCUGCCUUAUACAGAUGUCAUUAUGGCGUCAAUCCCCCAGAAGUUGGCGCGAAUGUCAUGGGUUUGGGAAACUCUGCGAAGCCGCAAAAGCCAGCCAGUGGAACUAUGAUUCUGCACCGGGAUCUCAAGCCCGAGAAUGGUAUGUCUUCUGCGCUCAUCCGCCGGCUGUACUUUUGGUUGCUAAUAGGGCACAGUAUUCCUCGGAGAGGACAACUCGGUUAAGCUUGGGGAUUUUGGUCUUUCGAAAAUCAUGCAAUCUCAUGAUUUCGCAUCCACAUACGUCGGCACUCCAUUUUAUAUGUCCCCGGAAAUUUGUGCAGCAGAACGAUACACACUCAAAUCGGACAUUUGGUCACUUGGUUGUAUCAUUUAUGAGCUUUGCGCUCGGGAGCCACCAUUCAACGCCAAGUCGCACUUCCAGUUGGUCCAAAAGAUCAAAGAGGGAAAAGUUUCACCACUACCAAAUAUGUAUUCUCCCGAAUUAAACAGUGUCAUCAAGGACUGCCUGAAGGUCAAUCCUGAAAGAAGGCCAGAUACUGCCACACUACUCAACCUUCCAAUUGUUAAGCUAAUGAGGAAGGAGAAGGAGGUGGUUGAUAUGGGAAGAUUGGCAAGAAACAAGGACGAACUUGCCACUCGAAAAUUAAAGGAGGUGGAAGAACAAUUACGCCAAUCAAAUAAUUUGCGCCAAGAAUUGAAUGAUUCUCUUCGAAGAGAAUGGGAGGUCAAGGCCCAACUGGAAAUCAGUCGUCAGGUUCAAAUGGAGAUUGAGAAGCUGCAAAAGAAGUUUGAUGAAGAAGUCAAAGCAAGGGUGGUACUAGAAUUGGAAAAGCGAUCAACUACACCAGAUUUACAGGCUGUACAAAAGGUUAAUAUGGAGCCAGAAGAGGUCCCUCUGCCAAGGUCUGAUUCAUCUUCAGACAAUUACCCAUCAUCGUCCUACGGCACCAGUGUGAGCAGUGACUUCACUUCAUCCACUGACUUGACAGAGAUGUCGGAUUCUCCAGAGACCGCAGUAAAUACAAAGAAAAACGCGAGGACGCCAUUUGGUCGCGCUCAAACCAUGUUUGCUGGUACUCCAAUGGAUGUCGAAAUGGGUGAGCCAUCGCCUAUAUCCAUCGCUUCUCUGUCACUAUCGCCCCGCCGGAAUGGAGCCACCAAAGCUCCCAAUACUGGUCGCAACAUAUUCGCAGCAGCUGCUGAAACUCGUAUGCAGCCAAUUAUGAUGAACUCGGAUGACUCUGAUGAUGAUGACUUGCCACCGGUGCCCUCACCUACCAGACAAAAGUCCGCCAAAAAUCCAUUCAAAUCCAAUGGCUCACGUCCUGUUUUAGUUUCUCAAAAAACAGCGCCAAUUCGCAAGGUUUCGCAUACCAACUUAUUUACUUCUGCGAAAACUAAUACAACGCCCAACGUAACAACAUUAUCGAGUGCUCCCGAUCUACGUCCACAAAGCAGUAGUAACAAAGAAAGAGGUCCAACUCCUACUCGCCGACUUUCAAAAAUACCGUCUUCGACAAACCUGCAAACUCAUGACAACCCACCAGGUUCUCCAACUCGAAAAAAUAGCUUGAAGAAGGCUGGAAAUCAAGUUGAUGAUCUCAACAAAAUCGCCACGAAGAACAACAUGAUCAAGGCUGGCAGUGGAGGACCUUUGGCACCAAAAGGACGAACACUGGUGGAGUUAGCCCAAGCAAGGGCUGGGGGGCGUCCCAUUGAUGGCAACCGAAGCCCAGAACCAAAAGGACGAGCUUUUGCGCAACGUAUGGCUGAUAAAGUCGCCGCCAAAGACCAAGAAGUGGCGGUGUGGGAUCCAGAAAGAGAGGAAAUGCCAAGUCCAUUUUUGUCGAGGACCAGACAGAUGGCGAUGAAGCGAUUUUCGUGAGGAGCUACUUUAUGAUCAAGGUCACGGACACAAGGCAGUAAGGCGAUCAACCACCAAAGCCAAGAAGGCGAUUAGAGAAUCAGGAAACUUGACAGAAAAAAAAAAGUACCAUUCGGCAUAAAGCAUCUCCUUUCACUCGCAUCCAAUACACAUAGCAAAAGGCUAUUCAUCUCUUUUUUCUUUUGUACAUACCUGCAUGGAUUGGCUUGGGAUUGGGGAUUUGGAUUCGAGCGUAUACCUACGCUCUUCCCUAUGAACGAACGGUUCACUUCUAUAGGCGUUGUCGGUGGAGGCCUCUGUUUUUUGAAUAAAACUCUCCAAAGAAGUAGCUUCGUUUACGUUCUAUGGAUGUUUUGUUUUAUUGGAGUCGGAAAUGCGUUUCUGGAGUGUGUGGAGUUAGUGAGGAGUCUUUGAAAUCAUUGAGGAUUUGGAGAAUGGUAGCAUAGAGAAAGGGAACGAGUGCUUAUGUGGUGUUAGGUUGUGUCCCUCCUUUUGACUGAAUUGAAGCAGCCUUCGUUAGUCUAAUGAAA